CGUUCGAAAUUCUCGUUUCUUGCGGUACAGCCAGGUACAGCGACCCAUUUGUAAACAGCUACAUUAAAAUGGUAAAUAAGGAACAGGUGAAAAGGGCUAUGAAGGAUCUGUGCAAGAAUGACAAGUAUUCGAUUUUACUUCCUACUUACAACGAAGUGGAAAACUUACCGAUAAUAAUAUGGCUUAUCGUAAAAUAUAUGGAGGAGAGCGAGCUCGCAUAUGAAAUUAUUGUGAUUGAUGAUGGUUCUCCAGAUGGGACACUGGACAUGGCUAAGCAACUGCAAUGCCUCUACGGCGAUGAUAAAGUGAUCUUGAAGCCCAGGGAGAAGAAGCUAGGAUUGGGCACCGCUUACAUACAUGGAAUUAAAUAUGCAACCGGUAACUUUAUUGUUAUCAUGGAUGCAGAUUUAUCUCAUCAUCCCAAAUUUAUUCCAAAAAUGGCUGAGUUACAACGAUAUCUCGAUCUGGAUAUAGUUAGUGGUACGAGAUAUGCGCAAGGUGGUGGUGUUUAUGGCUGGGAUUUCAAGAGGAAGUUAGUCAGUAGAGGUGCAAAUUUUCUAACUCAAAUUCUACUGAGGCCUGGUGCAAGUGACUUGACUGGUAGUUUUAGACUUUACAAAAAAGACGUACUGGAAAAGCUAAUACAGUCCUGUGUAUCUAAAGGAUAUGUAUUUCAAAUGGAAAUGAUAAUCAGAGCUAGACAAUUCAAUUAUACGAUAGGGGAAGUUCCAAUUACAUUUGUCGACAGAGUCUAUGGUCAAUCUAAAUUAGGUGGCUCAGAGAUUUUUCAAUUUGCAAAGGGCCUUCUGUAUCUUUUUGCCACUACGUAAUUAAAAAUAUCUGUAGGAUGGGGAGCAUCAGACUUCCUAGCCAAAUAUAUUCCAGAGUUUAUUAUCUAAACAUUAAUCUUUUAUUUUUCAACAUUUUUUUUCUUUUGCGUCUCCUGAAUCCUGUAUUCACAUAAAAAAAAAAUUUGUUGGAUAUUUUGGAUGGUUGGAUUUCUACCCUUCAUAAUGCUGUUAUAGAACACGGAAUUGUACUUGUUUUGAACUAUAUAUGAAAAUGUCAAACAGUACGAAGUGUUUCGAAUAGCCUCGAGCCUGGGAAAAAUUGUGUUUUAAAAUUAGAUAAUGUAAAAAAACUGUUCUUAAGACUUGAUUUUAUUAAGAAAAGGAUAUAUAUAGUAUUAUUAAGAAAAGUUUUAUACGCAAACGCAAUAGAGAAUUUUAUUGCUUUAGCGUUUUCGCAACAAAUCAGGGACUAUUCGUAUUUCGUAUAAUUACAUCUGUUGAGUAUUAAAUUGAAUAUUUUGGUACAUAGAACGUGAAUAUGAAAGAAAAAAUUGUUCUAACGACGAUUCGACGUUCGAUAUUUUAAAUAGCCCUAAUGUGAACUUUGUGCAUUAUUGUACAUGAUCUAUAAAAAUAGACAUCACAUAGCAAAAAGUAGACACAAAUUGUUUCAAAUACAUUCAACUGACACGAUAUAUUUUAAGUUUUCAAAAAGAAUUUUAUUUUUUUUACUUAAUCGAAGAAAUAUUGACUGUUGCAAAACACUUUUUACUGUUUCAAUAUGAGGCCAUUACCAAUAAAACUUUGUAAGCAGCAUUGUUACAUUAGGACGCAUUUACAAUAUUUGAAGUAAAUUUUUAACAUGACCCAUACAAAGAUUUUUCUAAUGUUUCGGAUAAUCUUGUGCCAAAUCUAAAUAGCCCCGGAUUCCUCUAUAUAUUUAUAUAAAUAUAUGUUUUUUUUAAAUAAAUUAUUAAAAUACUUUACACAUAUCGCUAGUUACAUUUUUAAUUCAACGAUUGAAAAUAUACAUUAAAUAUUAUCAUGUUACACUUUGCAAUCUUAUAAUUAGAUGAUGUCUUAUUCGUGCUGUGAACAUUGAAAAUAUGCGAAUUAUAGAGACGUUAUUAGUGAAGAAACCUUAAAGACGCCUAAACAUACGAUCGUUUUUCUAAAUUAAUUGUAAAGUUUAUACAUUUUUAUGGUUUUACGUAAUGAAAAUGCUUUUUCGCAUUAA